AUGUCUUUGACCUUCAACCUGGAUGAUCAUGUUCCCGAGCCUUCCACUUCUGUAGAAGAAUUGAACAAAGAAUUAACUAGAAUGCGUAAAAUAGUGCGAGCUGCUAAGGUGUAUGCAUUCCGAGAUUUGAUGCGGAACGUCAAAGAAUUACGAGAACAGAUGUCUCGUCUUGGAGGGUGCAGACGAUUAGAAAGCAAAAUAGAACACAGAAUUUCUGAUAUAAAGCUCCUGCACAACCUCUCGGUCGUCCGUUUAUGUAAACGGUUAUUGGCAGACGAACAUGAUAAAAAGCACCUUCAGAAAUAUGGACAUAUUCUCACUCAAGAAGACCGUUUAGUUAUACGUCUCAAAUCAUCGAAACCUGUAUCAGCCUUCAUCAAAUCAUUUCGUGAAAAACAUGAGGACUGGAUUAGUCUGGUUCAUUAUUUGGUUUACAAAAAUGUGUCAGGUAAAUGGAAGUCAAGAGAGCAGAAACGUCGAAAUAGGAAAGUUCGUGGAUCCUUACCAUUACCUCCUGCGCCUGUUAAGGAAACAGGAUUUAGUAUUCCGGAGGAUCAAAGCAACAAUCUCUCAUCCUAUCGUAUUCACAACGUAUGUUCAGAAUCUGAAAGUUGCAUAAAAACACUAUCAGCGCAACAUACUCUUAGUGGUAAUAGCAUACUCAGUGAUACUAAUUCAGAUAUGCCAGAAAUAAUCACUCGGUUGCUUGAACGAAAAGGUAUUAAAAAAAGCGAAGAUUCCAAUACCAUGGAUAAUCAUACGUGUAUGACAAAUGGAUCAAUGGAACAAACAGUAAAUAAACCAAAGAGAGUAAAACUUCCAUUAAAAUCUCCUGAUAUAAAGAUCGAAACUUCAUUCAAUUCUUGUCAUGGAAAUCCUGCAGAAAUACAACAAAUUGAUGAUUCAAUAUUUGAUGAUCCUCUUGGUAAUGAUGAUAAAGAUGUCAGAAAAUUAUAUAAGAAGAAAAAUUUUGUGAAACAACAACACAUGAAAAAUUAUCCUUCAAAACUAAAUUCACGUAAAUCUUAUAAAAAACAAAACUUUACUAAAUUUCCAUACAAAAUGAAACAAGAUAAUUUACAAAUGUCUAGUACAACAUCUAAUCUUACAGAACCUGUUAUAUCUGAAUUAUCUAAACCUGGUUUACAUCCAUCAUGGCAAGCUAAACGAUUAGAAAAAGCAAAAAUUAUGGAACUAUGUAAAAGUUCAACAAAAGAAGUAAAACGUAUUAUAUUUGAUGGUUAAAUGAUUAUUACAAAAACAAAACAACUCAAUUAUUGAUUUAAUAUUCAACUUACUGUAUACAGUUAAUUGAUAAUUCUGUACAUUUAAUAGUGAUAAUAAUGAUUUUAUCCACUGAAUUAUUGCAUAUACACUCAGUGAAGAUUCCUACUAUUUGUCUUUAUUACCAACUAGGUGUAUCUAACAUUUCUUUAGUGUUUGUUUUGUCUUUAUGGCCUGCUAGUUAUCACGUAAUCUAAUCACCAAUCAAAAUACGAAUUAUUCGCUCUUGUACUGUUCUAAACCAAUGAAGUUCGUUCGGUCUGAUCAGUGUAGCGUCCUAUUUGGUCCGUUGCUCGCCUAGCCCGUCCAAUCGAGUCCAAAAUGCUAAUAACAGCCUCCACUAUGCGAAUCAUUUAUUUCAGACGUACUGUGUUUAUAUAUCAACUAAACAGACCGCAACGCACCAUAAAAUAAGAAAUAACAUUCGUACACAAUAAAGCCAAAAUAUGGCUGUGAACGUGAGGCAUAGUAAUUAAUAAACUGAGUAUAACUUGAGAACAGUAAAUUGUACAGUAAUAAUCUAUAAGUCAAAAUGAAGCUUAUAAUAAGGGGAAUAUAGAUAUACAUAAUCUAAUUACUGAGUAGUUAUACCAUAGGAAUAUAUAGAUAAUAUUUGUCCACUAAUAGGUCUCAGAAGUUGUUCGUAAUUUAAUCUUUGCUACGAUAUAACACUAUUCAUGUCUUUUCUUCUUGAAAACUCACACUGUUGACAUGAAAAUUGCAACUGUUGUUUUAGUGAGUUGUUUGUUUGUUUAUUUUUUGAGGGUGGGGUGGAAAUUUAUCAAAAUCUUUUAUUGUACGGAUUUUCCGAAUGUUGAAUCAUUUAAACAUUGUUAAUCAGCUUUUGUCAAAAAUGGUAUAAUCCUUCGUUAAGGAUGAUAGUCUAUGAAAACUUUUGUUGGUAAGGAUACAUGAGUAAAAGAUAGAGAGUUUUCAAUUGAUUCCUUAUCGUAAAGUAAACAAUCGUACAUUUCUAAAAUCGUUAGCAAACACUCAAAUUUACAUAAAAUACGGCGUUUAAACUGUUACUUCAUUUAAUUAAGUGCGACUAUAUUAUAUGAAUGAAUAUGUUACUACAUAUUAGCUUAUAUCAGACCAUGUCCAAUUAUCGAUGUUGAUUGAAUUCUAUUAGAUGUGCAAUAAAAUGGAUUUGGUUAGCUAAGCGUCUCAGUAUUAGUUGGCAUUGAACAGUGAAGUUUCGAAAGUAAUCCAAGUGACUGUUGAGUAAUUAGCAGUAUUGUAUCAUUGUCCAGUAAUUUUUCACAUAAGAUUUCAUCUAUCGGUUCUAUAACUUCGGUAUUAUUAAGUAACUUCAGAUUUUAUCUACUUAAAUCUAUCUGAUCAAGUAGUAACUAGUUCAUAGUCUAGUUUGGUAAAAGGCAAUGUUAAUUCUACCUGUUAUUAUCGGUAGAAUAAUAAUCGUUCUAAUAAAUACCAGGGGUUAGUUUAUCAAAAGAACCUUCCUACAGAUAUUGCUUUUAUCAAUCGAAAUCAUCAUGACCAUCAGACAGGUCAAGAGUGGGCGGCCAGUAGGAUCAGACAGCAAAACAGCUGAAGCAUUGAAGUCAGGGAUAAAAGUAACUGCGAAGAUGCUUUACACUACAUUCAGGAGGACGAAACAGUGCAGACAGAUUGGAAAGAAAUAUAACUCAUCAAGAUACCAAAGGAAAGAGAUCCUAGUAAGUCUGAGAACUACAGACAUCAUAUUACUAUGGUGGUGUAUUCUACUUAUGACAACAGAUAUAAGUAGUAUGUAACGCCAAUCGGAAGUGGAAACCCCGGUAGCAGAAGGUUAAGAAAAUCAAUUUGAAAAGAAAAUAGCAAGGAAUCGUAGCUCGGAGGAGUCAUGUAAAAUUCGAAGGACGAAUGAUGGAAUUUUGCAAAUGAAGUAUUCAAUGUAUGCUUCUCAUGCUUCACCAAGAGAUUCUGUAAUUUUGUACUAAAAAUACAUGGGUUGUCCCUACCUGAGCGUUCGUUCAUAACACUAUCAGUACCAAAAGGAGUUUCGGACAAAGUGCUGUUGAACCCAAUACAAGAUUCUGUAGACUCAGAACUCCAAAACCGACAAGCCGGCUUUCGUGAGCAUCGAUCAUAUGCCGACCGAAUCGCGAAACUACGGAUCAUCCUUAAACGAUCAAUUGAAUGGAAUUCGUCACUAUACAUUAAAUUCUCUGACUAUAAUAUGACGCUUGACAGUAUGGAUAGGAGAGUCUUUUUCGGCAUUGUAGUGUACCUGAGAAAAUCGUCAACAUUGUACUGAAUUCAUGCGACGGACUACACUGUAAAGUCGUUUAUGAAGAGCAGCUCACUGAUGCAUUUUAAAUGACGACUGGUGUCAGACAAUGCUGUUUAAUCUAGCCCUUUCUCUUCUGGUGGUUGGCUUGCUUGUGAUUACUUCCACAUCUCAAGAGAAGCACAAAAUACAUUGGACAGCUUUGAUGUAGCUAGAUGAUUUGAACUUCGCAGAGGAACUAGUUCAUCUAUCCCAUACAGAGUAAUAAAUGCACAUAAAGAAUUAAUAUGGCAGUUCUUGGAUUUCGGUGCGGAGCUUGUUCAUUCAUAUGGCGAAAUAACAUUAUGGUAUUACAGUUAAUAUCAGUUAGUGAUAAAAACUAACUCUUGCCCAUAACCGUAACUUUUAAAUAUAAUUAUUGGUCCUAGUGAGUGAAUGAAGUCUUUCAAUACCACUUCUGUAUUGCUCCAAGGUCGUCCACAAAUUAUAGUCUCGCCUUUCAGGUAUUAAAUAUAAAAUAAUCUAUCAAAAAAUAAGGGUAUCGUAUCAGUUAACGCUUAUCAAAAUAGCCAAGUGUUUAAUGGUCUUAGACGUAAUGGUAAUGGAUAGCAAUAUUUUGAUAGAAGACAUGUAAAGGAUAAUUUUCUACUUCACGAAUAUAAAUGAUGUGAACAAUAUGAUAGUAAUUGGACCUGACGAUGUAUGAAAUUAAGUACGUGUUAAUAUUGUGAUAGAAUAAGAGACUGAACUUGACUAUUGUUUACAGGUAGAUCAUUUUUGAUCUGAUGAAUUACUGUACCUUCAGUUGUGCACAAAUUUCUGAUCCAAACCUUUCAACCAGUUCAUGUGACUCGGUAGAUAAUCUCGAACUAUGAUUUACUUGACCAUGUGUCAUAAAAUAAUCCCCUAUUUUCCAAGUAUAUCUUUAUUGAUGUCUUCAAAUUGGUAUAUAACAUUUGAUGUUUUUGUAGUUAAAUUUUACACAUAUUGUUCAUGUUAGUUUCUGUUCGAUCAGCUAGGUAUAUGUGAUAAAACUUUAUCCAUUUCCAAGGAUUCAUAUCAAAGUAGUUUGAUUUCUGUAGAAUCUAAGUUAUUAUAUAUAAAGAUGGACUACAACUAGCAGUAAGAUCUAGGAAUUGCAAUCAGUAAUACUUCGGACUCAUCAGCUCGACAUAAAAGCAUUUCAGUAUCGAUGUUUACUUCGAGGCUCAAUACUAGUUAAUUUAUUAGCGAACGCACAAUGCGUUAUCCACUGAACUACUAAAUCCAGAUAGUAAUUAACUUAUGAAACAAGUUUGAAAAGGCUUGAAUUAUCCCGUUGCUUGGUAUUCAUUACUUACUUUUGAUUAGUUUUAGUUAUCAUAAAUAGACUGGAUUGUUUCGAAUCAAAUAUCAUGUUAUAAGUUUCUAAAGGAGAGAUGGAUUAUGCGCAGCAGAGGAAACUAGGAUGCGCGUAUCAUCAUAUGUUGAACACAAUGGUCAUAUCGAGUUCAUACGCACAUACUACCUGAGUAAAUACCUCUUGAAGCCAGUCACUAAUGAGUAUACGAUUACUAGAAUCACAGAAGGGUCCAGUGCUUCCAGGUUUUUCAUGAUGUUCUAGGUUCAAUUAACUCAUGAAUUCAAACAUUGAAAUUACUAUAAUAUCCACGAAAUCCCUUCUCUGAUUAUAAAAAUAUGUUUCAUCCAUACAUCGAUGCCGACGAAUAAUCACAGGAGAAUCAAAUAUGGCAAAACCUGAGUUCGCAAAAUAUUACUCAUUACCUGAGUUAAUAUAUUUCACAAAAGAAAUUAAUAAUGUGAGCAGCAGACAGGGACUGGUUGAUGAUUUUAUAAGUAAACAGACACAUACAUGCAUACCUGGUAACAAUAUGACGCUCAAGCAUAUUAUAUACAAAGACAUGAAUGAAAGGAAUGUAUUUACCGAAAAUCAGAUGUUCUUAUGAAGAGAAUAGAGUUAUUAGGAUCAUAAAGAUGACUCAGUGGUCACACACUGUCUUAAAAUCUGGAAUAAGCUCGCACAUGUUUCGUAACAGAGAUGUCACUGCACAACAAGGCACACAAAAAUUUCCAUGAUUUUGUUGGUGAGAGGGAUAGACGUUAUCAGAAGGUGCAUUAAAAUAAACGACAUUUAAGUGACAUUUGUUGUCGAUCACUUGUCAGCCAAAAGUAUUUAAUGUUGGUUACCUACUCACCGUAAUACUGUGUAACAUGUAUUAUUACCGUAAUUUAAAAAUAGACCGAAAUUGAAAUUUUGUCAAUAUUCUAUUUAUGCUUUUACUUGGACCCCAAUAGACGGUUUUGUAUUUUGUUGAAUUUAAACCACGUAUAGACGGAUAGCGAUCAAUUGAGUGUGUGUGAUCUGCAAUAACAGAAGGCCAGCACAUGAUGUGGUAAAGGAUUAUAUUUAGUACUUGUACUUACUUACGCCUGUUACUCCUC